GCCGGCGCCCAUGGCGCGCAUGCGCGGAGCGCGCGUACGGGCCGGGGAGCGCCGGCGAUGGAGGCGAGGGGCUCGGCGGGCGGCGGGAGGCCGGUGAAGGGCAUCCUGAAGAACCGCUCCGGCAGCGGGGGAGGCAGCGCGGGGCGGGGCCUGGCCGACUCCGAGGCUCUCUCGCAGGCGUCGCCGCUGCCGCCCGCCGGGCCGCUCCUGCAAGCGCAGCCGAGCAGCGAGAGCCGCGGCGAGGAACACGGGAAGAAGACGCAGAAGUGGGACGAGAUGAACAUCCUGGCCACCUACCACCCGGCCGGGAAGGACUACGGGCUGAUGAAGAUCGACGAGCCCAGCACUCCCUACCACAGCCUGAAGGAGGAGGACGCCGGCAGCGAUACCGAGGACAGCCCGGUGCCCACGGCGGACGUCCUCGCCAAAAAGUUAGCAGCUGCAGCCGAAGGGCAGGGCCCCAAAAUCCUGGCAAGGCAGGAUGACAGCAGUGAUGAUGAUGAGGAUGACGAGGUAGACUUGACUCCCGAAGAAUUGGAGAAAAAGAGGCAGUUUGAAAUGAAGAGAAAAAUGCAUUACAACGAAGCACAGAACAUCAAGCUGGCCAGGCAGCUGAUCGCAAAGGAAAUGCAUGGCGAGGCUGCCGAGGAGGAGGAGGAGGAGGAGGAGGAGGAUUGUGAUGAGGAUGAGGAAGAAGACGAGGACAAUGAGGAUGAGAUGCAGGAUGAGUGUAAAACAGGCACAGAAUCAGUACCUGCUCCUAGUGACCCGCUUGAGAACAUUGCACACAGCCUGGAAGAAGUCUGCUCAGGACUGUAACAGCUCCCAGUCACCCUUUUGUAUUCCUUGCCACAUCACCCUUCUGCAGGUCUGUUUCAACAGAUUGGCUUGCACUUUGAUAUUUGACGAAAAUGGUGGUGAUCUCAAGGUUUUGUUUGCAAUGAAAAUGUUGCUGAUGUGGCUGGUUCUGGUGGUCACAGAAGAUGGUUUCGUUGCUCAUCUGCUGAAGAACACAGCGUGGGGCAGUGCCAGUGAGCCAGGCCCAUUGGUGUCCCUCCUUUCUCUGGUUUGAACCUGCAGAACAUCUGGACGCUUUGUUUUCUUUUUUAUCAUGCUGUAGUAUUUGAGUUACAGACAAAUCUCUCCAUAAGGGCUUGAUGUUAAUGUGCUAUACUGCAGCUAGGAAAAGAACGAGCCCCUUGGCAAAAGGGAUUAACGGAAGAGUGUUUUUACAGCCUUUUUCCCUUCCCCUCCUGCAGACUUUAGCUGGUUCUGAGGCAGGCCUUGGCUGCCUGCCAAAAGGCUAAGAGCAGUUGGAUGGCUUUCCCAGCUGCAGUGGGAGACGAUCAGCCUUUCUCAGUAGCUACUGUAACUUUUUUUCCAUUUGAGUUGCCCAGGAUCGGGAGCAUUGCAUGGGGGCUCCUCCAUCAAGCCUCUCUGCUUCUCAGGGUGCCUUCCCACGCGGUCAAAGAGUCUGCCAGCCUCUAGAAAAUGAGAACAGGUUCAAACCCCGCUGAAUAAUCCCCAUGCUGCCUGCUGGCUUUCCUUCUCUCUCUAGGUAAGCCUCACAGCCACCUGCUUUUGUUCCUUAACUAGAGUAGGCCCUGUGUUGCCGUGUGGUCUCUUUUUGGUAACCUUUCCACCCUCCUUAUGUCGUGAACGAACCUGAAUCAAACAGCUGUUUUGUAGUUUGACUGGCCUUUGUGAUUUUCUUAAGACUUGGGCUUUUUAAGCCUUGGAAGAGGGAGUGGCAUCUGUUGGUCAGCUAAUGUUUGUAAAAAGAUUUGGAAUGUUCUGACAAGCUGAAGUUGCCUAGAAAACACCCAGGUUGUGCUACUGAAUUUUGCUCCUUCACUUCUGGAUUCCAUUUCACUGGCUUGUUUCCUCCAUGUAACUGUUUUAUUGAAGUAAAGAAACCACCAAGUGUAUUUUGCAACAAG